AUGGACCGAGAGUGGGCUAAAGGGACUAUUGGGAACUGCGGUCAAGACCAGACCGGGCCCCUAAUUGUGUGUGUUUCCUGCAGGAACACCAUGCUGAGCCUUUGCCUCGAGAAUGCACAACUGAAAGAGCAGAUGGGAGAAGCAAUGUCCGACGGAUGGGAGAUAGAGGAAGACAAGGAGAAGGCCGAGCCGACGGUGGAGACUGUGGUAGCCAAAGAGGGUCCGAAUGGGAGCAGCCUUCAGGCUGAGUUCAGAAAGCUCCAAGGAAAACUGAAGAAUGCCUGCAAUAUCAUCAACCUCCUCCAAGAGCAGCUGGUGCUGAGCAGCAAGGAGGGGAGGAGUAAACUGACUCCAGAGCUCCUUGUGCCCUUGGCCAGGGAGAUUGACAGAAUGAACGCAGAACUGGUCUGUGCUCCUGAGAGGCACCAAAGCCAAGAGGAGGAGGAUAUGGCAAUGAGGCCUUGCUCCAGGCCCCAGAGCCUUGACCUUGGAGCUGCCCUCACAAUGGAUGCCCAUCAACUGGAUAACCAGUCUCAGGCCCAGCACCCUGGGCCUCAGUCAGAAUGUAGCCUCCCAUGGUCCACCAAACACUUGCGCUCCCAGCUGGCACAAUGCAGGCAACGCUAUCAAGAUCUCCAGGAGAAGCUGCUGCUAUCAGAAGCCACAGUCUCUGCCCAGGCUAACCAGCUGGAGAAAUACAGAGUCAUACUUAGUGAAUCCUUGGUGAAGCAGGACAGCAAGCAGGUCCAGGUGGACCUCCAGGACCUGGGCUAUGAGACGUGUGGCCGAAGCGAAAACGAGGCCGAGCGGGAGGAAACCACCAGUCCUGAGUGUGAGGAGCAAGACAGUCUCAAGGAAAUGGUCCUGAUGCAGGGGCUGUGCUCUGAGCAGGGCCGCCUGGGCUCAGCACUGGCUAGCCCCUCCAGGAAGAAGCCCCUGGAGAGUCAGCUAGGGAAGCAGGAAGAGUUCCAGACACAUGGAAAAUCAGAAGACAUCUCUGUCCUGCAAAAGGACAUCAAAGAUCUGAAGGUUCAGCUGCAGAAUGCCCACAAGGUCAUUCAAAACCUCAAGAGCCGGGUCCGGUCCCUCUCGGUUACAAGCGAUUAUUCAUCCAGUCUGGAAAGACCCCGGAAGCUGAGAGCUGUUGGAACCCUUGAGGGGCCUUCGCCUCAUAGUGUCACUGAUGAGGAUGAAGGGUGGCUGUCUGAUGGCACUGGGGCUUUCUACCCCCCGGGUCUGCAGGCCAAAAAGGAUCUGGAGAGCCUCAUCCAGAGAGUAUCCCAGCUGGAGGCCCAGCUCCCAAAAACUGGACUCGAAGGGAAGCUGGCUGAGGAGUUGAGAUCAGCCUCCUGGCCUGGGAAAUAUGAUUCCCUGAUUCAGGAUCAGGCCCGAGAACUCUCCUACCUCCGGCAAAAAAUACGAGAAGGGAGAGGCAUUUGUUAUCUUCUCACCCAGCGUGCAAAAGACACAGUAAAGUCUUUUGAGGAUCUCCUAAGGAGCAACGACAUUGACUACUACUUAGGGCAGAGCUUCCGGGAGCAACUCGCCCAGGGAAGCCAGCUGACAGAGAGACUCACCAGCAAGCUCAGCACCAAGGAUCAUAAAAGUGAGAAAGAUCAAGCUGGACUUGAGCCACUGGCUCUCAGGCUCAGCAGGGAGCUGCAAGAGAAGGAGAAGGUGAUCGAGGUCCUGCAGGCCCAGCUGGACGCCCAGGCCCUCACGCCCCCCGGCAGCCGGGCCUUGUCGGCCUCCCACCGCUCUCCCAGCAGCACCUCCUUCCUGUCUGACGAGCUGGAAGCUGGCUCUGACAUGGACGUCGCCAGCGAGUUCACACAGUAUGAAGAGAAGAAAUCUUCACCCGGUCACUCAGGUAGCCUUCACUUUCCGAGUGGCACCAUCUCUAGCUAG